AUGGAGUGUAUUAAGUUUGCAGCGCUUGGCUCCUUUUCCAAAGAGGGAGAAAUCAAUAUCAUUAGGAAGUGGAACAAUGUUUGUGAAGGUAAUGAUGAUGAAAUCAAAGAAAUUGUUUCGAUAAUUUUAUCAAAUGCAAAUGACCAACCACAAGGACAUUUCACAAGAUUUCCAUUGUCCAAUUUAGAGUUUCAGAGUAAGAAAAUGCAUGUUUUUGCCUCUUCAUUCUCUCAAUCUCAGUCAGAUAAUUCAAUCUUUUAUACUUUUGCUAUUUUCGUGAAUUCACUUGCAAUAGAAGCUAAACCAUUCAUCCAAGAUAAUAUUACAGAAGCUGUAGGUACUAUUGCCCUUCAUUUGCACUCAAAAUUGAAAAAUCAAAAACAUCUUGAAAAAUCUGACGAUUUCAUUAUGCAAAUAUUCAAAUCUAAUGACAUGUUAAUGAAUUCUCAAAUUUGUAACCCAUUACCAGAAAUAGUCGAAAUCAAACCUGAUGAAUACGAAUUUUUCAGUACUGUUUUAACAAGUCAUCUUUCUACUCAAAUGACUACUAUCAUUGAAUGCUCAAAUGAGAAGCAGGCCGCUCCUCUUUUGACAUUUUUAUCUCAUUUUAUGUUACCUUAUCAAUUAGAACUUUCUUCAACUGAAAUAAGAGAUUCCAUAGUCCAAGGACUCUUCUUACAAUGCGUGAAGCCUCAAAAAGACAUUCCUCUUGCAGAUCUUGCUUUAUAUCAGCGCCCAUGGACUUUUGUAUCAUUAAAAUCGCAUACAGUCAAGCAAAGUCCUGAUUGGGAUUCGCAGCGUCAAACAAGAGUCCAAUUACGUCAAAUUCAUUUGGUAUCUUUACCAUCUGGAGCUUCUGAAGCCUCAAAGAAGCAAAGCGCGAUCAUGGCGAAGUACAGACCCAAGAUUGUUGCAGAAACAAGUAAAUGGGCAAGCGAAAGCGUCAAAGAAAUUUUCGCUGCAGAUUCUUCCAUCAGAAGUAGUCUUUGCGCGAUCAGAUUAUCCGAAAUAGUCCAUCAAAGCCUCGCAAUCAUCAAAAUGAGUGAAGCAUUGAUGAAUGAGAAACAACAGAUGUUCCUUGGUCCUGAUCACGUCAGAUUGAUGAAUAAGACACUAGAUAUGGAUGAUGAUGACCUUAAGAUGGCUGUUGGAGUUGCUACAGCGUUUGAUCCGAAGAUAUCUUCUUCUGUUUAUACAGGAUGCCAUGCUGUUAUUACAAAGAUGCUCAUUGCAGUUUGA